AUGCUUAGUGUGAAUCGCCUCAGGGACCGUCCAAAGUUGCGAUGGGUGUUGGAUGUGCUGAUUGGCAUCUGCUUGGUGGUGAUCGUCGUGUUCUUGGCGUUGAACUUCCUGCACACACCACAUUCGGAUGCAAAUACCACGUCGUCUCCCAUGUUCGCAAGUUUUGGUAAUAUUUAUUUUUUUAUAUACCGUAUAUAAGC